AUGUUCGUACUUGGCCCGAACGCCAUUUACCAGCGCUCGGAAAAUUCCGAAGAUGCCAGCGAGGAGGAGGAGACGUCGGGCGACGUUAUCCAGAGGAGGCGAGAGGAAUGCGAGCGAAAGGCUCGACGGGGCGAAAUGGAUCCCCGAUUGGAAUUCACGUUUCAGCUGCUGAUGGACGCCACGGGGCUGCCCCGUCACGAGGUGAUGGAUCACGUCUUCGAGGGCGACAUGCUCGACGAGAUCAAUCAGCUGUUUCUGCCGCAUAUGAAAGCCACCCUCGUCUGGUUCUAUCAGGAGGUCGAGGAUCCGGAGAUACCGCGAUCGGGUGAAGCUAGCGUCGUGAAAUCGAGCGGCGCGCGCCCACAGCAGAGCACGACAGCUACGAAGGGCAAGGACAUCAAGGAGCCGAAGGAUCCACCGAAAAAAAAAUUAUUUCUCACCGACGGAUGGCAGGUGCCCUGUCGGGGCAUCUGCAUCUACAUGUUCAGGAUCAACAUCUCCAAGCAGCUGCCCGAGGAGGGCUUCCACAAGGACCUCUACACGGGCGUGAUCGACUGUCAGCGCGUCGGCAUAAUUCCCUACAUACAGCGCGUCAUCGAGCGGGUCUUCAUGGACGCGCUGGCUCACCCGGGCGUGGAGGACGAGGACGACUGUCCCAUGAUCAAGAGCAUACUUCUGCCGGGCCUGAGAUCGUUUUGCAGCGCUCUCAAGGUGUGCGAGGAGGUGGCCCACGACGGCACGAUAUUCGACGACGGCCAGGCCAUGAUGGACGAGAUCCAGGACGAGGAGAGCGCCAGAGCGUACAUGGCCAAUGACGCCGGGGCGGUGGAGCUGAUCGAGGAUCGGGUGCGUGGCUGGAUCAAGAGGCUGAAGGACUUCAUGCUCGAGAGCAAACAGGUGAGACGCGAGAGCGACAACUCGGGCCCGCAGCAGGAGCUCGAGUACUGGAAGAGACGAGGCUCGCAGUUCAGUCAGCUCGUUACUAGACUGCAGGACAACGAGGUCAGAAUGACGCUGCUGUGCCUGCAAGUCUCCAAGUCGAAGGUCCUGAAGGACUGGGAGGACAUCGACGAUGAGGUGACCUAUUGCUUCAACGAGGCCAAGGACAACGCGAAAUUCAUCCAGGCGCUGGAGAAGUGCUGCCACUGUCUGUACCUCGACGACCCGGUGAAGAUGCGAGACUCGCUGGUGUCGCUGCUGCAAACGGUACGGCUGAUCUACAGCGUCUCGAGGUACUACAACACGUCGGAGAGGACGAGCUCGUUGAUGGUGAAGAUAACGAAUCAGAUGAUAGCGGCUUGCCGAGAUUACGUUACUAUGCGGGGGAGAGAGACGGUUUGGGGUCAGGACAGGUCGGCCACGAGGCAAAAAUUGAAGCACUGCUUGAGGCUCAAUAAGGCGUACAGAGAGACGUACAGACUAGUUCGUUGCUCGCCUGCCAUAACAGAAGAGGAGUUUAUAUUCUCGGAGACUCACGUGUUUGGUCGAUUCGACUCGUUCUGCGCUAGGAUACGAAAGAUUCUAAGCAUGUUCGAUCUCAUCGAGGAUUAUCAGAAAUUGUUUGAGCGACGAAUGGAAGGCCUUUUACUAGGCGAAGCAUUGGACGAGACGAUACGAACGUUUGAGGAGGCGAAAAAAGCGGCGACGAGCAAAAAUUAUGAUUACCUGGAUCCUCGUAAUGCCGAAUUCGAUAGCGAUUACGACACUUUCAUGACCAAAACCGAUUCGCUGAAAAAGAAUGUCGGCUGCAUAAUAGAGAAAAAUUACGCCGACGUCUGGGAAACGCCGCAAGGCAUUCGUUUUUUGACUCGCUUCGAAAAGGUCAGCGAAAAAAUUCCAUUGACCAAAUUGGACGAGAAGUACAAUCUAGUCGUCAAAUAUUGCGACAAAGAGAUCGAGCGAAAUCUCAAGCUAUUCAAAAAGCAGAGGGACGACCCUCCGUUGCCGAGACACAUGCCACCGAUCGCCGGAAGAAUAGCGUGGUCUAAUUCUUUGAAAAUACAUCUCGAAGAGCUAGCUCUGGCUGUUUCCAAUCAUCCUAUUUUAAAAACAUUACCGACCGCCGCUGACUUAGUUCGACGUUACAAUCAUGCUAAUUCAGUAAUACAACAAUAUCAAUCGGAUAUUUCUGACAUUUGGUCGAAUCAAAAUUCUUGGGUUAUCGAGGAUUGUCUAAAAAAAAAUCUACUGGCGGUCGAAGCAUCAACGGGAAAAGUGCACGUCAACAUAGAGAAUCGACUGCUCCUACUUCUCCGCGAGUCCGACUGCCUGGCCAAGCUGAACUUCGAGCUGCCGAUCGUCGCGAAAACGAUACUGGCCAAGCGCGACCACUUCACCCUGGUCAAGGACUCUCUGCACCUGGUGCUGGAGGACUUCGUCGGCACGGCGAGGCGCGUCAAGCUCGAGGUGCGCCCGCUGCUGCUGCCGCACCUAGUGCGGGUGGCCUCGCUGCUGAGACCCGCUCUGGCGACCCUGACUUGGACCAAGCCCGAGUGGAAGGAGUUCACGGACGACACGCGCGAGCAGAUCAAGCAGUUCGACAUUCUCAUAACGAGGGUGCACGACGUCUAUACGAAUAGGAUACUGCAAGUUUUAGCCAGCAUGCAAAAAAUAACACUUCACGCGCUGCCCGAGGACGAGCCCUGGAGUAUCGAGGAGUUCGUUGAGAAAAACGAAGAAACGUGCCGAGUAGCCGCCGUGGAUCUGCACAGAAAGAGCCUCAUGGUCGAGGAAGCCGUGGAAGAAGUUUUGGCGCUCGUCAAGAGCGCCGCCGAGAAGUUCAAAACUUCCGACGACUCGGAGCAAUUUUUCUUCUUCGAUAGCAGCGAUACCCAAGAAUCGAUCGAGGCCACGCAGCAGCAAGACUGGUCGAUAGUCUGGGCUUGCUUCGACAAUCCGUAUCAGCUGCUCUCCACGCCGUCGGGCACCCUGUCGAAGGGCAUGCAAGACAUGGUGCGCAACGCCGUUUCCGAGAUGCGUCGGUACUACUCGAGAAAAGUCGUGGACGUACUGAUCAAGGAGAAGUCGUACGUCCGGUUUUUCUCUUGA